GAGAAUACCACAAGCUCUACAUUGUACACCAACUCAACUAACAUAUUUCAUAUAAGAAAUUGUCUAUCACUGCAAUUUAUGGACACACCCCAAUUAAUCCAUUUCAAAUAUCCGAUAACAAAAAGGAAAAUUAUACAACCCCAUGGGAAGUAAUACUAACAACAUACUAUUGGCCAUUCUUGUGAUAACAUUAGUUUCAUGGUCUGCAUUUGUAGAUUCCACCACGGCCCCGGGGAUGGCCGUGGCAGAUUGCACCACCAUUACGGCACUUAUCUCCGCCUGUUCCAGCUUUGUUACAUACGGCUUGCCGGACCCGGUACCUGGAUCCCCGUGCUGCAUAGCCAUGACAAGCCUGAAUAGUAUGGCGGACACCAGUGACAACCGCCGUGGUGUCUGCCGGUGCCUGAUGGAUCUGAUUACAACUUACAAUCCAAAUGCCACUGCUAUUGCUACUUUGCCUGGUUUCUGUGGAGUUUCUCUUGGCUUCACCAUUGAUCCUAAUACUGAUUGUGAAUACAUUGAUUCAUGAGAUAAGACUGGGAAACGGUGUAGUAUUGGCAUGUCCUCGACAAGAAGCUACAGUGCAGGAGGAUGGAAUCUUUUUCAAGCUUCUGUAGAGAUGGAAACAUUAAUAUUAUAAGUUUGAUUUCCUAAAUAUAUAUACUCAUGAUAUGUUUUAUAAGGUGGAUCAGACAAAAUUUGAUGGUAUUAAAGAAGAAGAAAGUUGAAA